AUGCCGGUGAGCGUGGGCGACGUCGAGUCCCGGGCGCGGGUAAGGAGGAUGUGGGGCUCCAGGAGGUCGUGGCCUCAAAAGCUCCGCCCUCUGUUCCUGGUGGGGGAGUCCAGCGACGCAGAACAGCAGCGCCGACUUCAGGAGGAGAGCGACGAGUACCACGACGUGAUCCAGGUGGGCUUCGUGGACUCGUACCUCAACCUGACGCUGAAGACCCUGUCGGCUGCAUUGGAAACACACUCGCUGCGCCAAGUCCUUGGUGCUGAAGAGCGACGCCGACGUCUUCGUGAGCCUUGGGCCUCACCAAACUCUCAGGAACGAGACCGUGACAUCGUCUGCCGGCUGCUCUUCUCAAAAAACGUCUGCCGGCCUCACAACUGCAGAGACAAGAGGUGGAUGAUCCCACUCGAAGUGUACCCAAACGAAUUCUACCACCGUACUGCAACGGCCCUGCAUACGCCGUCAACCAGAAAUUCGUUCGGAGAUCUUGAGGUGGCGUGCCGAGAAACAUUCGUGAUGGAGGACGCCUACUACACGGCAUCCUCGCCCAAGGCCUCGACCUCAAGUACAACAACAUCGGAAGUCGCUGCCAACUCUAUCACCUCAAGCAACCCCCUUACGACACUAAUGAUUUCGAGAAGAAGAAAAGCUCUGCUGGUUUUGCUGGCUGCACCUCUUCUUUUGUGUCUGAAGGUCAUCACUGACGAACAGGAAGCAGAAGUUGUGAAGCGCGAGUUUAUCACAAAUCGCACCCAUGGCAGCGCCAAGCAAAAGGUCGGGAAUUUCUCCAAAAGUUACAAACUUCUGACUGAGUUUCCUUACAAGUUCCUUAUGGACGAGCCUCACUUCUGCGCCGAGGAUCUACUUGUCUUGAACAUGAUGCCGGUGAGCGUGGGCGACGUCGAGUCCCGGGCGCGGGUAAGGAGGAUGUGGGGCUCCAGGGAGGUCGUGGCCUCAACCAAGCUCCGCCCUCUGUUCCUGGUGGGGGAGUCCAGCGACGCAGAACAGCAGCGCCGACUUCAGGAGGAGAGCGACGAGUACCACGACGUGAUCCAGGUGGGCUUCGUGGACUCGUACCUCAACCUGACGCUGAAGACCCUGUCGGCGCUGCAUUGGAAACACACUCGCUGCCGCCAAGUCCCUUGGCUGCUGAAGAGCGACGCCGACGUCUUCGUGAGCCCUUGGGCCCUCACCAAACUCCUCAGGAACGAGACCGCUGACAUCGUCUGCCGGCUGCUCUUCUCAAAAAACGUCUGCCGGCCUCACAACUGCAGAGACAAGAGGUGGAUGAUCCCACUCGAAGUGUACCCAAACGAAUUCUACCCACCGUACUGCAACGGCCCUGCAUACGCCGUCAACCAGAAAUUCGUUCGGGAGAUCUUGACGGUGGCGUCUGCCGAGAAACCAUUCGUGAUGGAGGACGCCUACUACACGGGCAUCCUCGCCCAAGGCCUCGACCUCAAGUACAACAACAUCGGAAGUCGCUGCCAACUCUAUCACCUCAAGCAACCCCCUUACGACACUGUUGGCAGGGGAAGGUCGCUCUUCCUCGUCAACCCGGAAAGGAAGAGUCGAUACCGCUACACUCUGGAAGAUGUUUGGAAUUAUCUAAUUUCAUUACGAACGUAAUUAUGGCGUACCUUGAUGGCACUGGAGGAAUAAAGAUCCUUUCUUUA